CUCACAUGUUGUUGUGUACAUGCACCGGUUGCUAAGCACAGUUAUCACACUGUGUGCCAUUAUAGCGAAUAUUUCUUUUAUGUCAUUAGUCUCUUGAGGGAAAAAUAACAAGAUGAAAGUGGUGGCGUUGAUCAGUGGGGGCAAAGACAGCUGCUACAACAUGAUGCAGUGUGUUUCUGCUGGGCACCGGAUCGUCGCUCUGGCCAACCUCCGUCCUGCAAACACAGAUGAGUUGGACAGCUACAUGUACCAGACAGUGGGCCACCAAGCCAUACAGCUGUAUGCUGAAGCCAUGGAUCUGCCACUUUACAGACGCACUAUCCAGGGCUCUAGCCUCGACACUGGCAGAAAUUACAGUGUGACAGAGGGAGAUGAGGUGGAGGACCUGUACGAGCUGCUGCGCAUUGUCAAGGAAAAGGAGGGUGUCGAGGCAGUGUCUGUUGGGGCCAUUCUCUCCGAUUACCAGAGGGUCCGUGUGGAAAAUGUAUGUUUGCGGCUAGGUUUGCAGCCUCUGGCCUACCUGUGGCACCGAGACCAAGAGUCCCUGCUCUCUGAGAUGAUAUCAUCUGACCUUCAUGCUAUCCUCAUCAAAGUGGCCGCCUUUGGUCUGGAUCCAGAGAAGCACUUAGGGAAACCUCUGGCUGACAUGGAGCCCUAUCUGAAUCAGCUCUCCCAGAAGUAUGGAGUUCAUAUUUGUGGAGAAGGGGGUGAAUAUGAAACCUUCACCCUUGAUUGCCCCCUCUUCAAAAAGAAGAUCGUCAUUGAUGCAGCGGAGACGGUGAUCCACUCGGCAGAUGCCUUUGCUCCAGUUGGCUACCUGCGCUUCACCGAGAUGCACACCGAGAACAAAGAUGCCGAUGUGGUGGCGGGAGCUUUGCCCCAUGGUAGUUGUCCUUGCCAGAGCGCCAUUGACAAGAUGACUGAGGAGGUGGAAUAUGCUGAUCAAGCUCAAGACAACCAGCAAGAAUUUACAUCAAAUUGUGACCUUAGUUGUCAGCGGGGCCACGAUCUCCCUCCCUCCUGCUCACCAAGAAGCUCCAGAGGCUAUCAGUGGAUCUCUGGCAUCAGCGGCCUCCAGAGCACAGAUCCAGGAAUCCAGGGCCAGACGUCAGCAGCUUUCACACAGAUGCAAAGUGAGUUAGACAGCAGAGGAUGGAAGAUGAAGGACAUCAUCCUGGUGCACCUGUAUGUGAGGUCCAUGGAAGACUUUGUUCCACUCAAUGCAGUCUAUAAGAAACACUUUGGCAUAAACCCCCCUGCCAGGGUUUGUGUCCAGGCUCCUCUAGCUGCUGGUCAGCUGCUGCAGAUGGACUGCCUGCUCCAUGACUGGACCAAGCCCCUGGAGGAAGGCUGCUUCCACCAGAGGGAAGCCCUGCAUGUCCAGAGUCUGUCCCACUGGGCCCCAGCCAACAUCGGGCCCUACAGUCAGGCCCUCAGGGUGGAUGAGUCUGUUUUCUGUGCAGGCCAAAUUGCUUUGGUGCCGUGCACCAUGCAGCUGGUAAAGGCUGGCACCAGGACGCAGGCCCAUUUGUCCUUCAGCUAUGUGAAGAAGGUUCUGGAGGCUGUGAUCAGCAGCUUGACUUUAGCUCAUGUUGUCCAGGCCCACUGCUACACCACAAGACACCAGGACAUCCCCAUCAUCAGGGCCGCGUGGGAGGGCAUGCUGAGGGCUGCAGAGGAAGAGAAGGACUUGUUGUGGGAGCCGGAGAUCAAACCUGCACCAUUAUUGGUCGCCGUGGUACCUGCCUUACCCAAAGGCGCAGCUGUUGAACUUCAUGUAACUGCAAUUGAGGAUGAUCCCACCAAGAGGACCUUCUGUCACGUGACUACAAAGUUGGCAUGUGGAUCCAUAGAGUGCUACACUGUAAUGUCUGCUGACAUGUGUAGUGCCUCGCUAUCGCUUUCCCUGGCUGUGCCUGGCAAUAACCUGGAGGUCGCUGGUGUGAAGGAUGUAACAGACGCAGUUGUUGCUACAUUCAAGGAAGCCAUGAAGAAGGUGGCUGCUGAGCUCGUGCCACUGUGUGCCAGGGUGUUCUACAAGUGCAACCACUCACUGGCGCAGCAGAUUGUUAAAGGACUUGAAGAAACUUUGAAAAGCUCUCUUGGCGAGUCCAGUCCGUCUGUGUCCCUAGUUCCAGUCCUGGACUUGCCUGACUCCCAGAUCCUCCACCUGUCCUGCUGGCUGAGUUUAUAGAAUCACAGCCAGAGUCAACAACCGGACUCCAGUCAUCCACAGCACUGGAAUUCAGCGGGGCUUUUCUGGAGGAGCCACUCUGACAGCCUGACACCUAAUGAAUUACAACAGGACAUCAGUGAAUGUGGAAAAUAAAAACCUGCACAACUGCUCAUUAAUGUUGACUGUUCAUCACUCCUGAUUGUUGAAAUGCAAAGCUUUGUCCGUCUCCAAGUCCUUUUAAUGAUGUGCAGCUCUGAGGAUGUGUUAUUCCACUUCACAUCCCAGAACUUAGGCCAAUAAUUCACUGGAGUUGUAUACUGUAGCACAGGAAUACUCAGCCUGCUUGCCUUGGGAGCCACUUUUGCAAUAUGAGAGGAGGCCAGGGGCCAGUCGUAGCAGCCCCAGUCAUGUGUCUAGGAUUUUAGGACAUUUCUAGGAUUUUAAAAUGUUUCACCGAUUUUAGAAUGUUUCUUGGAUUUUCAAACGUUUCAUGGAUUUUAGGAUGUUUCAUGGGUUUAAGGAUGUUUGAAGGAAAUGUCCU